AUGAGCUUUUUUGUUUAUUUGCAAAAUCAAGCAGCUCUCUAUCAAGCUUUGGUUCAAGAAUUCCAAACCAAACUGACUCGCAGAGAAAUCGAGUAUGAAACAAAUAAUUUCAAUUUGUACUCUGGAAAUGAAACAAAAAAAAAAUCAAAACAUAUUGAAAGCUGGGCUAAAUCUCCUCACAAAGUUACCAAAAUGCCCUACCACGAAACUCCAAGAUAUCAAAAAAGCUUCAAGCCACCUAUUGAAGAAGAAUAUUUAAUAUUAACUGGACUAGACGAAGACUCAGACAAGGCAAAG